UCACUUCUGCACUGAUUCAGGUGUUUACAAAAUCAUCUCAAGGUCAAUAGAACAGAUUAGAAAACCUUAAACGAGUUAAAUAUUCUCCAAGGACUUGAUAUUUUCUAUCUGGAAUUGAGUCUCUUCAAUAUCGGUUAACCGUUUUAUCAACAAAAUUUGUUGACAUUUUCUCAUCUCAUUGAAUUUAAUCAAGUUAACUAAUUGUGUUUAUUUUGUUUCCUCGUUCAAUUAAUUGCUAAUUCUCUUAUAUUAUCCGUGUUUUCAGCCUGAGCUAAUCAUGUAUCGUCAAAUUAAUCGUUUGGUCUCACCUUCUGUCCAAUAUAUGGGAAAACGUAAUUAUGACCAAAAGGUUAUGGAUCAUUAUGAAAAUCCUUCGAACGUCGGAUCGUUUAAAAAGGAUGAGGAUCAAAUUGGAACUGGAUUAGUUGGUGCUCCUGCUUGUGGUGAUGUUCUUAAGCUGCAAAUUAAAGUUGAUGUUGAUGGUAAUAUUGUUGAUGCUCGAUUCAAGACUUUCGGCUGUGCCUCAGCCAUUGCCUCGUCUUCCUUGGCAACCGAAAUGAUUAAAGGUAAAUCUCUUGAUGAAGCAGCAGAGAUUAAAAACACAAUGAUUGCCAAUGAACUUAAACUUCCACCCGUUAAAUUACAUUGUUCAAUGCUCGCUGAAGAUGCAAUUAAAGCAGCAAUACAAGAUUACAGGACAAAAUAUAAAAAUUAAUUGAAUUGACAAAAACCUUUCGACAAACAAAACCAAUAUUAACGUCAUUAAAUCCCUUCAUAUAAAUAGAAAAAUGUAAAAUUUAUCUGUGAAAAUUUACGUUGUACUAAUUAAAAAUUUCGAAAGUCAAUUAAUCAUUAACAUAA